AUGACAGAAGCCGACGCCUUGAUCUUCGCAGCUCUGCAGCAGAGCGAGAUCAUACUGGCACGUCCCCUGACAUCGGUAUCUGAUCUCACGUCGGACGAGCUCCUUGCAAUCGUGCACAAGUUUCUGAUGCAACUCAAAUGCGUGGACGACAGUCCGACCUUUUCGCUUUCUUCUUUCGACGCUAUAGCUUCGAUGAGCGUCGCGGCGAAACAUCGCGUCAGUUUGAAGACUGCAAGUAUUCUCAAGGAACUAGGGUAUACGGGAAAUUGCCGCUACCAUCACUUUUUGUAUCCAAGCGAGAAAGAGACGAAGAACAUUUUGACGUGGAUCGUGAGCAAGUUACCGAGGUUCGAAGAGGAGGAGACGAAAAACGAACCAUUCCUUGAUGGCAUGGGAAGACGGACAGGAAGUGGACUAGGGGAUGCGGUUCUUGAUCGUGGGUCAUUGCGCGACAUCUUCGUUAGCUGGAAACGAGAGAAAACGCUUUACAUGCUGCCAAACAAUUAUAUCGAGGGACUGCGAGGGUUUCAGCGGCUGCCACUGCAGACAUCUCCGCUUGAAUUGCCGUGGAAUUCGUCGGGGGAAUCGACACGAACGUUGUUUAGAGAUUUAUCCCGUAAAUCUGUAAAAGUGACGUCACUUUUGGAGGCUCUUGCAGUAGAAAAAUGUGGUGCGACGGUACUUUUUCGAGAAGAUGGGCUUGGCGAAGAAGUCGAGACAGAAGGAGUAGACAUCCAAAUGUGCCAAGGACAAGCAAAGGAUGUACAAAUAGGGGCGGGGAAGAGUGAAUGUUUGGCCUUGCAAGCUACUAGGAUACAGAACAGCGAAGCUGAUGAAACCCGAUUGCAAACAUUCGGCGCUGGACUUUCAGACGUGUCCAGAUCGUCAGGCGCCUCAGCGCAGGAAUCUUCUGGUGAAGGUGCUGGAAAAAUCAACGCAUUCGAAUUCGAGGAGCUGAAAGCUGUCGACACGAGUCAAGCAGAACAAGAGACUUCUGAAGGGAAUGAAGAAAAGCUUUCUCAAGAUACACAGAAACUCGUAAGCGACACGAACCACCGCCUUGUUGCAAUGCAAAAAGUGCUACGUUGUAAACGUGGUGAGCUGUACCAGAUCGAGCAGCAUAUUCUUGAAACGCGAAAUAGGGGGCACGAAAUGCAGAAAGAGCUUUCAAGACACAAGCAGCUAUUGGCGAUGCUUCCUGAUGCACACGCUAACAUUGAGAAGCUAAACUCAAUUUGUGAGAUAAAUGCGAAAAAGAAGGAGGAGGCAGCGCAGCAAAUGGAAGCCGCUCGUGGAGCUUUGCUGGACGAAUACGGCGAGUAUCGAGACCGGGUUUUGAGCCGAAAAGCUCGGCGUCGACAACUUAUUCGCGAAAUGAAGACUUUUCAAACCGAGAUGCUGGAAUUCAAUGGUAUUAUUCAGUCAAAGAGCGAAUAUUUGCAAACUUUAGAAAGGGUUCACGAGCGACAGAUGGUUAAGCGUCACCAAAAGGAAGACAGUGUUGGUCGGGCCAUGACACGGAGCGUCUAUACGUCACGCAUUAUGGAUAUUAUUAAGCAGGUCCUCAAGCAAAAGCAGGAUAUUACAAAGAUUUUGGAUGACAUCAAGACACUGCAAAAGCAGUUGGAUGCUGCUUCAGAGAAGCAAAAGCGAGCUGGAACUGUGGCUGAAAAGAAGAUGUACAGUGCAGUUAGCAGAAGCAAAAGCGGUAAUAGCACGAAGGCUGGCGCAUAUGAAGAGUGCUACCGCAAGUUUGCACAAGUGAACGAAUUGUUCGAAAAGCUCGUAGUCACUGUCGGUGACGUCGGUGAAAAUGAGAAUGCAGCUCGCGAUCUGCAAAAUUGGAUCUUUCAAUUGGAGGCCCGUGGGAGCAGCAAGCAUUUGGACAAGGUGCUUGCUGAUCUUGAAAGCGUACGUGGAGAAAACUUACUGCUACAAAACGAGCUGUGUGCACGUACGAGCUCAUAG